GAUUCUGAUAUCUAAGCCUAAGCCAAUACAGGCCCAGCUCCUAGCCCACUGUUGGUUGUCUUUGUCCCCAGCCAACUACAUCCAAGCUAAAGAUGGGUCGGUUCCUCAACAUAAACCUGUGUGUGAGUCACCUGGGAGGGAGGACGUUAAGACUGUUCUGCAAGCUCAGGUACCUCAUAACUAUCCUUAGAACCUUCCCUCACCUGGCCAAGACACCCCUAGCCUUGGACUUCCAUAGCUGCUCCUUGCCUUCCUCUCCCCUGCCUCCCAGCUUUGCCAGGAAAGGAGCCCCCAAGAGCUUGAGGUUCAAACACAUGAGCUUGACCGCUGAGUACCUCCUUGAGGGUGGUACCAGAGGGGUGAGAUACUCCCAGGCGGCCCGUGUCUACUCAACCUCUAGUAGGGAUGUGUUGAAGGCUGAGGCCCCCAUCGGGGUCCUUCAUGAGGACAGCCUUCAGGAGGACAGCCAGACAUCCUUUCAGUUGAGCAUGCUUUGUCUGGGUGAUUCUUUUAAUCGCCUCUCCAGACACAUCAAUAUUUACUUCAAGAGAAAGGAUGUGACCCAGCUGUCCUCUGUUGCUGGGAAUGUGGGGUUUGUUGUCACAACUCAGGAGAGUCUGGGAAGCAGGCCACAGAGGCGUAGUCAAAGUAACAGGGCAGCCAGGGAGGACAGUGAGACAACAACACAGCAGCCUUUGGAAAAUGAAAACGAUCUUGAGACGUCAGACAGCCAGACAGAGACAAGCUCCGCCCCCCAGCGAUAUGGUGGACUGCAGUUAUUUCACAUCAGUUCCAUUGCCUCCAGGUUUGGGGAAAGUUUCAGUUAUGUUGCUCAUCACAUAAACUCAUCACAUGAACACCUAAAGUCAGUGUUCACCAAAGGUUCGGCACAGGACGUCCUAGGUUCGACUCUGGAAGAGUCUCUGGAGGAUCUGGCUUCAAGCAGAGUGUCGACCGGGAGGAUGAGGAGGAGGAAAACACUAAAAAUCAGUUACAUUGAAAGUGUAAAGGAAACUGAAACGGCUCAUUUAAAGACUAGUGCAGCUGUAGCUCAGUCCACAGCCAUUCAGAAACCAGCCAUUGAACGUGCUGAUAUCUCCAACAGCUGGGAGGGAGAGGCAGAGGGCUACCUUCACUUUGCCCAGCACGUCAACAGAUACUUUGGAGCCAAAACCGUUACAGACGAAACUGAACUACCACCACCUCAAACAGAACAUCUGGUUGCGGACCACAUGCCAAACAGCAGGACGUAUCAACAGCAGUGUUCUAAAUCUUCUACCUCCAGACAUGAACAAUCAGCCACAGGGCUAAAGCAGGAAGAUCCACCCAUCCGUCCCAAAUCCCUUUUCCACAUCAGUAACAUCACAACCAGUUUCGGUGAGAACUAUGCAUACAUGGCUAAUUACGUCAACAGCUAUUUCAAAGGCAGCUAUGAUGCCGUGGAGGAGGAGGAGUUAGAAAGAGGUCCCAUCGAGGAACGCAGGGGAGAAUGGGAGAUGGAGUAUGGAUCCGUUAGGGUCCCGAAACCACAGCCUGCUGUAUCCUUCAUGGAGUGCCUUCUCAAUCCCAGUAGUGCCAUCCCCAGCCUCCUGGGGGGGUAUCUGGGGGGCUCCUGGGCUCAGAGCAACCAGGCCCAUCCUGCCUCUAUGCUCAGUGAGGCCACACUUAGAAGAAUGGUGAUGGGCAGGAGACAGGCAGAGAAGAUGACCCGUGCUUUGGUGUCCAGUCUACAACAGGCCUUCUCUCCUGAGGCCAUCACCGAAGUUGUCGAUGAGCUCAACACACACCUUAUCCGACACCCAGGAUGCAAAGCAGUGGUCUGGCAGGAGAAAGCUGCUGUUCAGCUCUUAAGACAGCGGCGUAGCCAUAGAGAAGACCAGGAACUUCAGUGUGUCAUUAGGGAAACCUUGGCUCUGAUUGGCUAUGUGGAUCCAGUCAAAGGUCGUGGAAUCCGAGUGCUUUCAAUCGAUGGUGGUGGCACAAGAGGGGUGGUGCCACUGCAGGUCCUCAAGCAGCUGGAAGCGGAAACAGGCAAGCAGGUUCACCAGCUGUUUGACUACAUCUGUGGAGUGAGCACAGGGGCAGUGUUGGCCUUCAUGCUUGGCCUGGCCCGUUUCUCUCUAGAGGAGUGUGCAGAUAUGUACCGUCGUUUUGGCUCGGAUGUGUUCCGUCAGAACCCCUUGGUGGGCACAGUGAAGAUGGGCUGGAGUCACUCCUACUACAGCACCGAGACCUGGGAAAUGAUACUGAGAGAGAAGAUGGGUGACCAAGUUCUGAUUAAAACAGCCAGGGAUGAGUUGAGCCCUAAGGUGUCAGCGGUGAGCGCCGUGGUGAACUGGGGGACGAGUCCCAAGGCCUUUAUCUUCAGGAACUACAACCACAGCCCAGGCCGUCUCAGCCGCUACGCAGGGGGGUCUGGGUACCAGAUGUGGCAGGCGGUGAGAGCGUCGUCCGCUGCCCCGGGAUACUUCCAGGAAUUCCCCUUACACAGUGACAUCCAUCAGGAUGGUGGCCUCAUUCUAAACAACCCUUGUGCCCUCGCCGUCCACGAGAGCCGUCUCCUGUGGCCCAACCAGCCUUACCAGUGUGUCCUGUCGCUCGGCACCGGUCGCUAUGACAAUGCUACGCGGAGCCCGGGCACCUCCACCAGCCUGCGUGCCAAGAUCAACCACCUGAUCUGCAGUGCCACCGACACAGAGGGGGUCCACACCCUCCUGGACGACUUGCUGGCCCCAAACGUCUACUUUAGGUUCAACCCCAUGCUGAGUGCCGAGGUAUCCCUGGAUGAGAGCAGCGUCAGGGCCAUGGAGCAGCUGCAGGCUGACACCCAGGUCUACCUGGACAGGAACAAGCCCAAGAUGGCCAGGCUGUGUAAGGUGCUGGGGCAGGAGCGCACUGCGCUGAGCCACACCAAGGACUGGGUCAGUGAGAGAGCCUGGGAGAUGCAGCAGAGCUGGGUUUGAGGGUCCUAGGUCACAGGUCACAGGUUAGGUUUUAUUACUCAGUGCCUGUAGUUUUACCCUGUUUUUAUUUUUAAAACGUUUUAGCAAACUCUUCCUUCCUCCCAAAUGCUCACAUACACCUUUCUGUUUAAAUGACUGUGUAAGUACAUGUUUCUAUAUAUGAACACCAAAAUGAGGAAAUACAUAGUUGGAGCUCUGUUACUCCAUGCAAAGGGCUCUGUCUGUCAUGCAUUUAUGUAUGCAAAAUCAAAACUGCAUAGUAAUUUAUAUAUAUAUUCAGUACUGUAUAUGUAUUGGUAUGAAUGAGGAUGCACUCCUUUAUGGAAUAUUGUUAAGUGUAUUUGCACUUCCAGACCUGGGUUCUAAUACUAUUUAGGGUAUUUCAAUUACUUUUAAAGACAUGUGGAAGUAAGUAUUUCAUUUUUUGUAAAAACAAAUUUAAGACAAGUAGUUGAAUAUUGGAAUUUAUUUGGAAAUACUAAAAUAACCUCCCAUUCAUUUAACUGAGGUAUUUGAAAAUACUUUCAAGCAGAAGGCUAUUUAUAUGGAAUAAUUUGAAAAAGAAUUCCAAUAGAAGUAGUUGAUUCCGGCCUCAUUAUUUGAAAAUGCUCAAAUACACAGAAAAUAAGUAUUUAAAUCACAUGUAUUUGAACCCAGGUCUAGCACUGACCGUAUAUUGAAGAUGUUUGCACUGAGGGAAUUCGUGUAGCUGCUAGUGAUAUGUGUUAUCUCAUAUUAUUACACAUUUUUUGUUAAUGUUAAACCUAUUUAUAUAUUUUUAAAAACACAUUAUUAUUGAAAAAUGAUAUGCUGUGUUUUGUAAGAUGCCUCUUAAAAGCUCUGAAGUGUACAGCAAACUUGUCCCUCACAUAAUUGUGAAAUAUCUGAUGAUGUGCUCAGCUGAGGCCUUUACAUUCAAGUAGUAACAUAUCUAUCUUCUCAGACCCAGUAAUUCCCCACCCAGAUUUGGAUUGGUGAUGUAACAAUUGAGCAAUUAAAAAGCAGCUUGUGGUAUUGACUUUGUA